AGUAGUAGCUCAGUCUCCACGAAUCCCACCCCACCUCAUAUGGCUUUAGUUGACCGACCUCACUGCCCACCAACUCUCCCACUCCACCCCAACUUCCUAUAUAUAUAAACAAAGCCUCUCCUUACUCUACACUCAGUGAUCGGCCCCCCUCUCUCUCUCUAUCUCUCUCAAUACCUUUCUUCCUCUCCUUGGAAAUCUUGUUCGUUUGUAGCUCUCGUUGCCCACUCACACAAGAAAACUCAGUAUCAAUAAUCCAAAUCAUGGCUCUUGAAGCUCUGAACUCUCCUACAACAGCCGCUCCUUUCAAUUAUGAAGAAACAUGGAUUAAAAGGAAACGCUCUAAGAGACCACGUAGUGAGUCCCCUUCGACCGAGGAAGAAUACCUCGCUCUUUGCCUUAUCAUGCUUGCUCGUGGCGGCUCCCCUGCACCACCCCAACCACCAACUUUGGAUCUUUCUUACAAGUGUACGGUUUGCAACAAAGCUUUCUCUUCUUACCAGGCUCUUGGCGGGCACAAAGCCAGUCACAGGAAAUCCUCCUCCGAGUCCACCGUCGCCACAGCCGCCGAAAACCCAUCAACCUCCACCACAACUAACACAACCACCACGACCACCAAUGGUAGGACUCAUGAGUGCUCUAUCUGCCACAAGACUUUCCUAACUGGACAGGCCUUAGGCGGACACAAACGUUGUCACUAUGAAGGCACAAUUGGAGGCAACAACAGCAGUAGUGCUAGCGCUGCAAUCACCACCUCAGACGGUGGUGCUGUUGGAGGCGGUGGCGUGAUCCAGAGUAAAAGUCAAAGAAGCGGUGGUGGGUUUGACUUUGACCUGAACUUGCCUGCUUUGCCUGAAUUUGAAGGUCCAAGAAUCAGUCUACAAGCACUCUGCGGUGAUCAAGAAGUGGAAAGUCCUUUGCCAGGGAAAAAGCCAAGAUUAAUGUUUUCGCUUAAGCAAGAAAAGACCGAUAUGGGUUCUUCGUAAUUUGAAUUUAGAAUUUAAGAUUAGGUUUAAUUAGGAAGAUUCUUGGAUUUUCUUUUCUUUUCA